CUGAGAUUUGAUUUCCUGAUACCGUAUUCUCUUUCCCAUUGAUAUCUUCUUUGUCUCUUGCUUGGAACCCAGAGAUGGCUUCACGAUAGCAGGGUUCUAGUCUCCAUACCUCUCAAAGUAUCCAUUCACUGUCACCAAAAUUCGAGCUGGACACACUGCUCCCGUGGGCAGCACCACUGCUGAUCGACGACGACCCAGCAUUCAUAUCUUGCGCACGCAAUUUUCUGCCCUGUGGCGAAUGCCAGCCAUGGGCUGCUGUGCCUCCACCGUCCAGGCCAAUCCAUACCCCGCCCAGAACCCCAAUAAUGGCAAUUCCUCCUCUCGCGCCAUAAACUCGUCGCAACCUGCGUCGCAGGCUAUGAUUCCGACACGGCCAUCAACAAAUGCUUCGACUCACAGUGGAACACACCAUAGACCCAAUCGAGAUCUCACGAAACACCCUACCAAGGACCUCAAAUUGCAUGUCUGGAAGAGCCAGACUCGGACAUGGACCCGUGAUCAGCUAGACGCAGAACGCAUCGAAUUCUUUGAUACGAGGACGAGUGGGAGGGAGGAGACAUGGCAGGCUAUCCGCACGGCCCUAGAAAUUCUGUGGGCUGGGGGCGAUGCUGAAGAUAAUGACGGGGGUUUGGCUACUGCCCAAGCUAUUUUAAGGGCCGCUGGCGUAACAAUUCCUAGUGGCGAUUUGACCGCUGCUGUGUAUGAUGCCAAUGGGGCUCGAUAUGAGUUACCAGAACAUAUCGUCUGCGAUCCUACCAAUAUUGUUGAAAUGCCCACCAGAACGGAGGACGAUGAAGGUGACAAGAGUGAAGAAGACGGAGAGACCGCUGAUGAAGCCGAGCUUUUGAGAAGAGAUGAGAUUCGGAGAGGCAAAGCGGUGGUCAAUCUUGAUGACAUGGUGGAUAUCAAGGUGAAGCUCAGUGACCGCGACAAUCGACCGCUUAUUGUCUCAGUCAGCAAACAAGAUACUGUACGAAUAGUGACGAAGAAGAUCUACGAGGAGUCAGGACUCGAGGCCCCAAAACACAUCCGCAUAGCCUACCUUGGCAAGAUCCUCAAAGACAACAAAACACUGAAAGACCAAGGCUGGGAAGAACAGAACGUCCUUAAUGGCUUGGUACUUGGAUGA